CUUUACAUCAAUGCUAUUUCCCUUUCAUCGAUAGUGAUCGCACUACCUACAUCACUUGAAAAUGGCUGAAAGCAUGCAAAAUGGCGUCUUCCGGCGUAACAACACAGCACCCCCUGCGGAUAAUGGGGUCAUGUCUCUCUUCUCCCUAAAGGGCAAGACAGCAAUCAUAUCAGGCGCGGGAGGGGGAAUCGGUCUUGCUGCUGCCAAAGCAUUCGCUGAAGCGGGUGCCAACGUGGCUAUAUGGUAUAAUACGAAUGAAGAGGCUAUUGAAAAGGCAACGGGAAUUGAAAGAGCGUUUAACGUUAAAUGCAGAGCGUAUCAAGUCAACGUAACAUCCUGCGAUGAAGUAGAGGCAGCGAUGGAGAAGACUAUCAAAGAAUUCGACGGCCGCCUUGAUGUGUUUGUCGCCAACUCGGGCACUUCAUGGGGCGAUGAAGCAUUCGUUGACGCAGAUAUCCAGAGAUAUCAUAAUCUCAUGAAGAUCAAUGUCGACGGAGUAGUCUACUGCGCGCGUGCUGCUGGCAACCACUUUAGGAGACAGAAGAAGGAAGGAACGACUAUAGAUGGAUCGAAAUUGAGUAAUUUUUCGAGUGGCAGCUUCAUCGCCACCGCCAGUAUGUCCGGACAUAUUGUAAAUAUUCCUCGACGCCAGGCGGCGUACAACGCUUCAAAAGCGCAUAUUAUCCACUUUUGCAAAUCUCUUGCUAUCGAAUGGCUCGGGUUUGCCAGAGUUAACAGCGUAUCUCCGGGAUUCGUCAACACCGGCUUGUCUGGAUCUGUGGCUGAAGAGGUUAUGGAUUCAAUUAAAGAUAAAAUUCCUAUGGGACGUUUUGGCGAGACAGUGGAGAUGCAGGGAAUCUACCUAUAUCUGGCCUCUGAUGCCUCUACUUAUGCGACUGGGGCUGACUUUAUCGUUGACGGUGGCUACACUGCUCCGUAAAGUAUUGUAUCAGACAUCUAGUGCAAAUAUAAUCCUAGCAUCGCAAUUGUGAAAAAGAAUUAGCUUCUUCGUUCGCGUG